AUGAAACGCCACUUCUCGGACCACAGGGGAGAGCAGUCGCCAGCUGAUGGGACCACCCUCAGCUUGACCACACCUGAGUCCACGCAGGAGAGCCUGGGAGUGUGCUGGCCAGGGAUCCUAAAGGACACCCACUCGCCCCCGCCAGGGCCCGCCAUUCCCCAUGACGAGGAUACCUGGUUUGCCUCCAGGGCCCGGCGCGUGCUGGGCUGGAGCAGCUCCCCAUCCUCGCAGUCCGCCUCUGAGUACCAGUCCUACUCGCAGUACAAGUCCUGCUGCUCCUGCGUGUGCGACGAGGAGGGGCCCCCGCAGAGCGUGUGCGCGCUCUACACCCACGUGCAGACCGUGCGCGGCGUGGCGGUUGCCUGGGAGACCGAGGAGGGCUUCGAGCCAAUCAGCAGGAAGCCCCGCAUCCGCGAGGCCGAGUUCAUCAAGAGGCAGAGGAGGAAAGGUUCGUCCUUCGAGAUGGCGUCCAACACCGACCUGCGCUGGGAGCUCGAAGCGUGUCAGGACGACUGCUGCUCGGAGCCCGAGGACCCGGAGCAGCUGCUGGAGUGCUCCCCGCAGGAGCUGCGGGCCCCUCCGGACUGGCUGGUCACCACGAACUACGGGCUGCGCUGCGUGGCCUGCUGCCGGGUCUUCCCCACGCUGGGGGAGCUGCUGGAGCACGCCCAGUAUGGCAUCCGCGAGGGCUUCAGCUGUCAGAUCUUCUUUGAAGAGAUGCUGGAGAGAAGGCGGGCCCGGGAGCGAGCCCAAGACCCGCAGCUGGAGGAGGAGGAGGAGGACGAGGAGGGGGAGGAGGAGGAGGAAGAACAGAGCCCGUCAGACACUAGCGAAUACCCGAGCCCAAAGGACAAGGUGCUCCAGUCUCAACAGCUGCCGCAGAAGCAGCAGUGA